AUGAAGGACAUUGCCUGGCUUGUUCUGGAAAGUGUCCGUGUUGCAGCCAUCGUCUCCAUAUGGAUGUCUGUGCUGCAGGGCACGGUCUUGAACGGCUGCCUCAAGUCAUGUGUGAUCAACCUGGGAAGGCAGCUUGACAGUGGCACACCAUAUAAUUUGAGUGAAUCGUGCAUCCAAGGAUGUCAUUUUUGGACUUCAGUUGAUCAGGAAAAUUGUCCAUUAAAGUGUAAUGAUACCUAUGCCACUAUUUAUGAGCGGGAAUCCUGUGAGAUUGGCUGCAGCAGUGCAGAAGGUGCAUAUGAAGAGGAAGUUCUAGAAAAUUCAUAUCUUCCCACUCCGCCCUUUGCUGCUUCUAUUGGAAACCACAGUGUAGCAUUAAGAUGGAAAUCCGCCAAUAUUUCUGGAGUAAAGUACAUCAUUCAGUGGAAAUAUACAAAAUUACCAGGAAGCUGGACUUUUACUGAGGCAGUGUCCAAGCUCUCAUAUGUGGUAGAGCCCCUCCAUCCCUUCACUGAAUAUGUGUUCCGAGUGGUUUGGAUCUUCACGGCCCAGCUGCAACUGUACUCUGCCGCAAGUCCUAGCUACAGGACGCAUUCUCAUGGAGUUCCUGAAUCUGCUCCUUUUAUUAAAAACAUCGAGAGCUCGAGUCCUGACACUGUGGAAGUCAGCUGGACCCCACCCCAGUUCCCAGGUGGACCAAUUUUAGGUUAUAACUUAAGGCUAACCAGCAAAAAUCAGAAUUUUGCUUCAGGGACACAGAGAACCAGCUUCCAGUUUUACUCGACUCUACCCAGAACCACCUACAGGUUUUCUAUUGCAGCAGUUAAUGAAGUUGGUGAGGGGCCGGAAGCAGAAUCGAACAUUACUACGUCCUUCCCAGCAGUUCAAGAAGAAGAACAGUGGCUGUUUUUAUCCAGAAAAAGAUCCCUAAGAAAGAGAUCUCUGAAAUAUGUAGUAGAAGAAGCACAUUGCCUUCAGUCAGAUGGCAUACACCAUAAUAUUACGGGAGUAUCAGUUAAUGUCCACCAGCAAGUUGUUUAUUUCUCUGAAGGAAAUCUCAUAUGGGUGAAAGAGGCUGCCAACAUGUCUGAUGUGUCUGACCUAAGAAUUUUUUACAGAGGUUCAGGAUUAAUUACUUCCAUCUCCAUAGACUGGCUCUAUCAAAGAAUGUAUUUCAUUAUGGAUGAACAGGUAUAUUUCUGUGAUUUAGAGAAUUGCUCAGCCAUUGAGAUUACUCUUCCCUCUAUUGCUGCACCUCAGAAACUUAUAGCUGAUUCUUACAAUGGGUACGUCUUCUAUCUCCUGAGCGACGGCAUCUACCGAGUCCCUCUUCCAGAGCCAUCUGGUCAGGACUCAGCCGCAGUGCGGAUCGUGGAGAGUUGCGGCUUAAAGGACUUUGUCGUCAAGCCGCGGUCCAAGCGAAUCAUCUACUUCAAUGAUACCGCCCUCGCCUUCGUGUCCACGUUUCUCGAUGGCUCGGCUUCCCACCUGGUCCUGCCUCAUGUCCCUUUUGCGGAUGUGAAGAGCUUUGCCUGUGAAAACGGUGACUUCCUGGUCACAGAUGGCAAGGCCGUUUUCCAACAGGACGCCCUGUCGUUUAACGAAUUCAUCGUGGGCUGUGACCUGAAUCACAUAGAAGAAUUUGGGUUUGGUAACUUGGCCAUCUUUGCCUCUUCGAUGCAGCUGCACCCUCUGCCGGGCCGCCCUCGGCAGCUCUCGGUGCUCUUUGGCUCCUACAAGGCCCUUGUGCAGUGGAGGCCGCCUGCCCUCGCCAUAGGAGCCAGCCCUUCUGCCUGGCAGAACUGGACUUAUGAAGUGAAAAUAUCUAGCCAAGACUUCUCUGAAACCACUCAUUUUUUCUCCAACAUAAGUGGGACCAUGCUUAACGUGCCUGAACUGAAGAGUGCUACAAAGUACCAGGUGGCAGUGAGGGCAAGCUCUGGAAAGGGGCCAGGCCCCUGGUCAGAGCCCUCGGUGGGUACUACCCUGAUGCCAGCUACAGAACCACCAUUUAUCAUGGCCGUGAAAGAAGAUGGGCUUUGGAGUAAGCCAUUAAAUAGCUUUGGCCCAGGAGAAUUCUUGUCUUCUGACAUAGGAAAUGUGUCAGACAUGGAUUGGUAUAACAACAGCCUCUACUACAGCGACGUGAAAGGCGAUGUUUAUGUGUGGCUGCUAAACGGAACAGAGAUCGCAGAGAGCUACCUCAUACCCAACAUCGCAGGAGCAGGAGCUUUAGCUUUUGAGUGGCUGGGUCAUUAUCUCUACUGGGCUGGAAAGACAUAUGUGAUACAGAGACAGUCUCUGUUGACAGGCCAUACAGACAUGGUGACUCCGGUAAAGCUGUUGGUGAAUGACAUGGUGGUGGACUCAGUUGGUGGAUAUCUCUACUGGACUACCUUGUACUCAGUUGAAAGCACCAGGCUGAAUGGGGAAAGUCCCCUGACCCUCCAGGCACAGACCUGGUUUUCUGGGAAAAAGGUAAUUGCUCUGACUUUAGACCUCAGCGAUGGGCUCCUGUACUGGUUGGUUCAAGACAGUGAGUGUAUUCACCUGUACACAGCUGUUCUUCGAGAACAAAACAGCAUGGGUAAUACUACCAUCACAGAAUUCGCAGCCUGGAGUACUUCUGAAAUUUCCCAGAAUGCACUGAUGUACUAUAGUGGUCGACUCUUCUGGAUCAAUGGUUUUAGGAUUAUUACAGCUCAAGAAAUUGGUCAGAGAACCAGUGUCUCUGUUUUAGAACCAGCUAAAUUUAAUCAAUUCACAAUUAUCCAGACAUCUCUCAAGCCCCUACCAGGGAACUUUUCCUUCACCCCUAAGGUUAUUCCAGAUUCUGUUCCAGAGUCAUCAUUUAGGAUAGAAGGAAAUGCCCUACGCUUCCAGAUCCGGUGGGAUGCGCCCCCGGCAGUGGAUUGGGGCCUGAUUUUCUACAGUGUGGAAUUCAGUACGCACUCUAAGUUUCUGGCUAGUGAGCAGCAACCUUUACCUGUAUUUACUGUGGAAGGCCUGGCGCCCUAUGCCUUAUUUAAUCUUUCGGUCACUCCUUACACCUACUGGGGAAAGGGCCCGAAAGCAUCUGUAUCACUUCGAGCACCUGAAGCAGUUCCCUCCGCACCAGAGAAUCCCAGGAUAUUUGUCUUACCAAGUGGAAACUAUGCCAAUAAUAAUGAGGUCGUGGUGGAAUUUAGGUGGAAUAAGCCUAAGCAUGAAAAUGGUGUCUUAACAAAAUUUGAAAUUUUCUACCAAAUAUUCAAUCGAAGCAUGGCGAACACAACCUUUGAAGACUGGAUUGCUGUCGAUGUCACUCCCUCCACAAUGUCCUUUCAACUAGAGGGCAUGAGACCUCAGUACAUCGUUCUUUUCCAGGUUCGAGUCUUCACAUCCAAAGGGCCAGGACCAUUUUCUGACACAGUAAAGUCACAGAUAUCAGCAAUCAAUCCUUUUACAUACCUCAUAACUCUUUUUGGCAACAAGAUACAUUUUUUAGAUAUGGAUCUAAAUCAAGUUGUGUGGACAUUUUCUUCAGAGAAAGACAUCAGAGCUAUGGGCUACACAGCUGAUAAUAAGAUUGGAUAUUAUGCCCAACGAGAUUCUCUCUUCCUUUUGAACAUGAACAAUCUCUCCAGAGUUGAGAUUUUCCGAGAUGCACUGGGUUUUGAUAUCACAGUUAUGACAGUUGACUGGAUUGCAAAGCACCUCUACUUUGCAACAAAAGAUUCACAAAACAGAACGCAAAUAUUUGAUAUAGAUCUUGAAUACAAGGUGAAGUACCCCAGAGUUCUGAAGAUUUGCAACAGGAAUUCAACAAUCAUCUCUUUUUCUGUCUACCCUUUCUUAAGUCGUUUGUACUGGACAGAAGUUGCCAGUUUAGGCUGUCAGAUAUUCUACUACAACAUUAUCAACCACACCUUGCACCACGUACUGCUGUCCUCAGCCACAAGCCAUCAGAAUGGAGGAAACCACUGUUCCUGCAAUGUGACCGAAUUUGAGUUCAAUGGAGUCAUGGCUAUUGAUAACUCUGACCUAAAACAACCAUACAUAUACUUUGUCAAAGGACAAGAAAUCUGGGUGAUGGAUCUGGAAGGCUGUGAGUGUUGGAGCGUGAUCCCGGUGCCUGCUAUGCUGGGACAAACUCUUGUUAGCUUAACCGUGGAUGGGGAAUUUAUCUAUUGGAUUGUCACAACCAAGGACAGCAGGCAGAUUUAUCAGGCCAAGAAAAGCAGUGGAGCCACGCCCUUCCAGGUGACAGCCCCAGCGAGUCAGCAUGUCUUGGCGUACAGUGCAGCUGUGCAGCCUUUCCCAGAUAAAGCAUUUCUGACUCUAGCUACCUUCAUUGAGGAACCGGCUAUCGUUAACAUCACCAACACCAGCCUCACAAUCAGACUACCAGCUGCUGAAACAAACCUCACAUGGUAUGGCAUGACCAGCCCUACCCCAACGUACCUAGUAUGUUACAGAGAAGCUAGUGAUGGGAAAAACAGCUCCAACCAGAAAGACAGGAUGCUGGCAUUUCAGGAGCAUAUAGCCCUGAUUGAAGGAUUGCAACCAUUUUCAACAUAUAUGAUACAGAUAGCUGUAAAGAACUACUAUUCUUUGGAACAAUUACCCCUGGGAAAAGAGAUUUGGGGGAAAACUAACAGUGGAGUACCAGAAGCAGUUCGGCUCAUUCAUACCGCCGUGAGGUCAGACACCAGCCUCAUCGUAACCUGGGGAGCAUCUCACAAGCCGAAUGGACCAAGAGAGUCAGUCCGCUAUCAGCUGGCAGUGUCACACCUACCCCUUAUCCCUGACACGCCUUUAAGAGAAAGCGAGUUUCCUGGUGGAAGGCUUACUCUCCUUGUAACUGACCUGUCUGGUGGAAAACGCUAUGUAUUAAAGGUGUUGGCCUGCCACCCCGAGGAAAUGUGGUGUACUGAGAGCCAUUCUGUCACUGUUGAGACAUUUGGCACACCAGAGAAACCUUAUGCCUUGCUUCCAGUGAACACCAGUUUGCAGUUACACUGGAAAGCUCCAUCUAAUGCUAACCUCACCAGAUUUUGGCUUGAACUCCAGAAGUGGAAAUACAGUGAGUUUUACCAUGUGAAAGCUUCGUGUAGCCAAGGUCCUGCAUAUGUCUGUAACAUUACAGAUCUACAACCUUAUACUUCCUAUAAUGUCCGAGUAGUGGUGGUUUACAUUACAGGAGAAAAUAGCACCUCCCUUCCACAAAGCUUUAAGACAAAAGCUGGAAUCCCAAGUAAACCAGGCAUUCCUAAAAUUUUAGAAGGGAGUGAAAAUUCAAUACAGUGGGAAAAAGCUGAAGAUAAUGGAAGCCGGCUUCUGUACUAUAUCCUUGAGCUCAGAAUGGGUGCUUCAAAUGAUUCCGAGAACCGGAAUUUAAAGUGGAAGAUAGUAUUCAAUGGAUCUUGCAGUAGCAUUUGCACGUGGAAGUCCAAAAACCUGAAAGGAACAUUUCAAUUCAGAGUCGCAGCUGCAAAUAAGCUGGGGCUCGGUGAAUACAGUGGAAUCAGUGAGAGUAUUGUGCUGGCCGGAGAUACUCCUUGGCUCCCAGAAACAAGCUUUAUACUUGCUAUUAUAGUAGGAAUAUUUCUGAUUGUUACAAUCCCAUUGUCCUUUGUCUGGCAUCGAAGGUUAAGGAACCAAAACUCUCCUAAGAAAAGGCUGACCAUUGUCACAAACGACAAGGAGCCGGAGGAGCAGCGAGCCGUGGCAGCUGGCGUGGGCCUGGCUAACGCCUGCUAUGCGAUCCACACUCUUCCGACCCAAGAUGAGAUUGAAAAUCUUCCUGCCUUUCCUCGGGAGCAACUGAGCCUGCGGCUCUUGCUGGGCAGUGGGGCCUUUGGAGAAGUGUAUGAAGGGACUGCAGUAGAUAUUCUAGGAGCUGGAAGUGGAGAAACCAAAGUAGCAGUGAAGACAUUAAAGAAAGGCUCCACUGACCAGGAGAAGAUUGAAUUCUUGAAGGAGGCACAUCUGAUGAGCAAAUUUAAUCAUCCAAACAUUUUGAAGCAGCUUGGAGUUUGUCUGAUGAAUGAGCCCCAGUAUAUUAUCCUAGAACUGAUGGAAGGAGGAGACCUUCUCUCUUAUUUGCGUAAAGCAAGGAUGACAAAGUUCUGUGGCCCCUUAUUGACCUUGGUGGAUCUCGUUGACCUAUGUGUAGAUAUUUCAAAAGGUUGUGUCUAUCUGGAGCAGAUGCACUUCAUCCACAGGGAUUUGGCAGCUCGGAAUUGCCUGGUCUCAGUGAAAGACUAUACCAGUCCAUCACGGGUCGUGAAGAUUGGGGACUUUGGACUCGCCAGGGACAUCUAUAAAAAUGACUACUACAGAAAGAGAGGAGAAGGCUUGCUGCCUGUGCGGUGGAUGGCUCCAGAAAGUCUGAUGGAUGGAAUCUUCACCACCCAAUCUGAUGUCUGGUCUUUUGGAAUCUUGAUUUGGGAAAUUUUAACGCUUGGCCAUCAGCCUUAUCCGGCUUAUUCCAACCUUGAUGUUUUAAACUAUGUGCAAACAGGGGGGAGACUGGAGCCACCAAGAAAUUGUCCUGAUGACCUGUGGAAUUUAAUGAUCCAAUGCUGGGCUCAAGAACCUGACCAAAGACCUACUUUUAAUAAAAUUCAAGACCAGCUUCAGUUAUUUAGGAAUUUCUCCUUAAAAAAUAUUUCCCAAUGCCGUGAACAAGCAAGCACCAGGGGAGUCAUAAACGAAGGCUUUGAACAUGAAGACGACACUCUGAUGUGUUUGAAUUCAGAUGAAGUUCUACCAAUGGCUCUAAUGGAAACCAAGAACCAAGAAGGUUUAAACUAUAUGGUCCUAGCUACAGAAAGCAGCCAAGGUGAACCAAAUGCAGAGGGUCCUCUAGGCUCCCAGGAAUCUGAGUCGUGUGGUCUGGGGAAAGAAGAGAAAGAACCACACCCAGCCUGCCAAGAAAAACAAGUGGCUUGCUGCCCUUCUGGCAAGCCUGAAGGCCUGAACUAUGCCUGUCUCGCUCACAGCGUGUGUGGAGAUGGGUCCAAUUAA